CUUACUUGAUUCCCGCUGGGCAAGAAGGCGAGGAAAGCGCUUACGGAACUGCAGCAACGCGCUGACGCUACGUUUCUGACUCAGGUAUCGCGAACACUUUCUUCUGGGCAACGACUGUUGAAAAGCAAUUGGCAAGAGCUUUUUGAGGGACUGUCUUUUGCCAUCGACAGCCCCAUUGCACGCCUUUUUGAAGCAAGUCAGAUUGGUCAAAAACUCGACCGAUCGGCUUCUGCAAAGACGUGGACCACGUCGCCUUAACCGGACUUUAGUCUUUACAUAACCAAGCGGCAAUAGUUUCGUAAGGAACGCCAUGAGCGCUUACGCGACUCCUACUGCAUUACCCCCAGCCCCACCAGUUGGUCUCAGCGGCCCGGGUGCUUCUGGGCUUCAUAUGCCCGGGAGUAGCAAUUCCAAGACGACGUCACUCCAACCAAAGCCGGACGACUCGGGAAAUCUCUCUUCCAACUCGGCCGACUAUGAUGACCGGGAACCUGGUGGCGGAAAGGCCCCUUCACGAGUUACUGCGCGUCGGGCCCAACAAAAUCGUGAAGCACAACGCAACUUUCGUGAACGACGCAAGAAUUAUAUUAAAGACCUUGAAGCCAAAGUCCAAUCCCUUAUAUCCAAGGACGCGCUCCUACAAAAAACAGAACAACAAUGCCGCGACUUCCAGAUGAUAGUUGACAGAUUGAGCGCGGAGAGAGAUGUGUGGGUUCGCGAGAGGGAAUUAUGGUGGAGGGAGAGGGAAGAGAUUUACAGAGCUGUUGAAGCACUUCGGAUGGAGGUUCGUCAGAGUCAAACUGAAAACAGACGACUGAGAGAAAUGGCUUGGACUCUUUGGAAUGACGUUGGUGGGCGCAAUGGAAGCAAUCCCGCUGGAGCUGAAGGGGAAGCUGCAGGUGGAGUAAGCACAGGAGAGGGCGAGGGAAAAGCAACCGAAGCACAAGCAAUGGAUGCUGAUGCGGAUGGAACCGCGAAAGCCUCAGAUGAAGCCGAUGGCGCUACUGCCAAGGCUGCCUCAAACGACAUUGCUGGCAAUGCCGCUGGAGGUGCCAUGGAUAUCAGCGGAUCGACCAGCUCCUCUGACGCCACCUCAACCGCAACGGGUACUAAGCCCGGAGCCGCUUCAGGCAACCCAACGUCAGGAAACGACAUGGAGGCAACCGCGGGAGCACUGCCUGCCACACCGUUCGGCGACCUCUCAAUGCUGGCCUCGUUGAAUCCGCGCAUGGCAGCAGCAAGUGGUAAUGCGGCAAACGGCCCAGUUUCUCCGACCGAUAUUGCUCAUGAUCUGCUUGCUUUGUCGCGAGCGUCGUCGCCAUCUUCUCGACAUGCUCAACCGCCUAAUACGGCAGCAUCCUUGGAUCAAGCUGGGAAUUCCACAACCAGCAACGCUUUGGAAGACUUGAAGACUCGAAUGUCAUUCUGGGAUGCCGAACGCGAAAAUCUGUACAGGGCCGCGAGCGACAGAGAGCGUGAACUUCUCUUGUCCUCUCUAAUUCCGGGUGCACCGCCUGCUGCCGGAAUGAACCUGGCUGGAGCUGGUUUGAACGCAAUGAACGCCGCGCAGCUAUUUGCAAGGAUGGCGGCCGGCUUGUGGGGUGAGCAACAGCAAGCUUCAGCUCAACAGCCUCAGCAACCCCCUGUGGGUAACGCUGGGGAAGCUGGAAUAAAAGACCAAGGAACUGAUGGACAAACCGAAAAGGACGGUUCUUCAGCAGCGGUUAACCCUGCAAUGGUUCCAUUCUUUAUGCAGGGUGCAGCUCCUGCUGGUGGGGGUGUUCCGGGAGAAGGUGGGCAGACAAUGUCGUCGUAGAAGGGGCAGAUUUAAAAAUGCUUAUUGUUUAAUUGGUGAUUGUAUUGGGUGUAUGUGGUGGCUCGUAGGUGAGGCGGUUUUGGAAACCGGUUCCGCUUGUGCGGAAAUAUGGUCUCACCUAUUCGAAGCAAUACUUGUGGUAAUUAACCCAUUGUAUCUUGUACUUGUUCGUACGACAAUUUUGCAAAGAAAUAGUUCGGUACAGCGAGUGCUCUUUAUUCA